UUAGAAAGAUUUGGACUCGCCGGUAGAAAGAAGUUGGUCUCUAAUCAUGGUGGGGCUAACAAGGGCAAGCAAGGACUCUCAUGUUUUUGUGAGUGGAACCAUGAACAGCUGCAAUGUUGCAUUCCCCUAAUUUGUCAAGCAUGGACUGUGGAUUAA